GAUCGUGAUUUGGUUUUGCUUGUUGAUAAUCUUCAUCCCCAGAGCUCGAACCUCUGAUCUUGUCAUGCAUUAUUACUGCAAAAACACAACUUCUUACACUCCAAACAGCACCUACAAAGCCAACCUUAAUUCUCUUCUCUCCAAUCUCUAUUCCAACGCCACCCGAGACAACGGCUUCUACCACGCCACAGUCGCCGGCAGCCGUCCCGGCGACACCGUGCACGGCCUGUUCUUGUGCCGGGGCGACGUCUCCGCCCACGACUGCCAGGCCUGCGUGGGAGAAGCGCGUGAAAUGGUGUUUGUGUUCUGCGACACCGAAAAGACGGCUAUGAUUUGGUAUGCUAAUUGCAUGUUGCGUUACUCGGAGAACCCCGUGUUGGGGAUAAUGGACCGGUCGGACCAGUUCGCCAUGAGGAACCCGUUUAAUGAUACUAAACCGGACGAGUUGAUGAAGGUGGUGGGGAAAAUGUUGGAUCAGAUAACCACUCGAGCGUCGAUUGGUUCCGGCGAGAAAUUUGCGGUGUUGCAAACCAAUUUUAGCGCCGCCGCGGAGAGGGUGUACGCUCUUGGACAGUGUACUCCGGACCUUUCUAAGGUUGAGUGUCAGAUAUGUUUUAGAAGUGUUAUUAAAUAUAUGCGUCGUUGCUGUUUUGGAAACCAAGGUUCUACGGUUCUGUUCCCAAGCUGUAACAUGAGAUAUGAGCUUUACCCUUUCUACUUUCUUCCCCCCUCGCCGGCACCGCCACCGUCACCGCCGCCUUUCCAUCAUCCUCCUCAAACAACAACUAUAGUUCCCAGUUCUGCUAUCAACAAAGGGAAUAAAGGAAAAUCAUCUGCAAAAGUGAUUAUAGCCUCUGUAGUGUCAGUGACUGGCAUAAUAUUACUCUUCGCUUUAAGCUUUUGUUUCUUGAAAAUGAAGAGGGCAAAGAAGUCCCAUUCUGAUGUCAAGGAGACUACUUCUGGCAUGAAUGAGAUUGCAAUAGAGGAGUCAGUACAAUAUGAAUUUAGUACUAUUGAAGCUAUCACAAAUUGCUUCUCCGCUGAUAAUAAGAUUGGUGAAGGUGGAUAUGGUGCUGUUUAUAAGGGAAGGCUUCCCAAUGGGCAAGAAGUAGCGGUGAAGAGGCUGUCUAGCGGUUCAACGCAGGGAGAUGGAGAAUUCAAGAAUGAGGUUGCAUUGAUUGCCAAACUUCAACAUAGAAAUUUAGUAAAGCUGAUGGGAUUUUGCUUAGAAAGCGAAGAAAAGAUACUCGUUUAUGAAUUUGUUCCCAACAAAAGUCUUGACUACUUUUUAUUCGAUCCAGAGAAGAAACAACUAUUGAAUUGGCCAACUCGUUACAAGAUCAUAGGAGGAAUAGCCCGUGGGCUCCUUUAUCUUCAUCAAGAUUCACAUCUUAAAAUUAUACAUCGUGAUCUGAAAGCAAGCAAUGUACUAUUAGACAGAGAUAUGGAUCCAAAAAUAAGCGACUUUGGCCUGGCAAGGAUUUUAAUGAUAGAUCAAACCCAAGGAAGUACAAGUAGAAUCAUUGGAACAUAUGGGUACAUGUCUCCCGAGUAUGUUAUGCAUGGCAUGUUCUCUGUGAAAUCAGAUGUUUACAGCUUCGGAGUUCUACUCUUGGAGAUUGUAACUGGAAAGAAAACUACUUCUUUCCCUAGCUCAACAGAAUCAUCACCUGAAGCUCAAGAUCUUAUUGGCUAUGCAUGGAAACAUUGGAAGGAGGACACAUCAGUAGAGAUGGUGGAUCAAAGUCUUGGAGGAUUGUAUUCGAGAAAUGAAGUGAUCCAAUGUAUCCAUGUUGGGUUGUUGUGUGUCCAAGAAGAUGUGGAUGCACGGCCAACAAUGGCGAAUGUUGUGUUGAUGUUGAAUAGUAAUUCUGCUACGAGGAGGACACCUAAUCCGCCUAUAGUUUUCGAGUGUGGAAAUGAAACCACGCUUUCACCAGGUCAAUAAAUGGAUCAGUCCAGAAGCAACCUCAAUGAACCAACCAAUCUCCAUUAAAAUCAUAUUUUGCACUACUCCUAGUUAGUUGAAUUGUACUAUUAUAUUAACGAGUGAGACUGUUUCGACCAGGAUUAUUGGCCAAACCAACUAAUAACUUUGUACUCACUCCGUUAAUGCAAUCUCAUCUCCUAUUCUUUAUUUUAA